UUUUUUUUUCUCUUUUUCCUGUUAUUAAUAUCUCACCAUGCAACCACGAUUCCAACCUACGCAUAACAUGACUCAGCGUCCUUUGCAGAACGAAAUAUUGACAUUGAACAAACUAUUGGGAAGCGAUAUUUUGGAACACUCUUCAAGGAUAUUAGAUUAUUUUGCUACUACACAGGCGAGUAGGUUAGGCUUGACUGAUACAGAACCACCACCUCAAUUGAUUGAAAAAUUAUUGGAGAAAUGUGAUGACUUUGACACCGUGUGUGAUCAGAUUUACUAUAUUCUGGAACAAUCCAAAAGGGUGCUUCAGCUACAGUAUCAACAAAACAAUGUGACUCUAGCGAAAAAGAAAUUGGAAGCAGAACUUCAGCAACAACAGCAACAACAGCAACAACAACAGCAACAACAACAGCAGCAACAACAGCAGCAGCAGCAACAGCAAGAGAACAAAUCAAACCAAAACAAUUCGUUAGACGAUGAUUUGUCUUUAGGUUUUAACAAUAAUAGUGAAAUGAUGGAAGUGGAUGAUACCCCAUUGGAUGUAGAAAUGAACGAGACUCCAGACAAUCUAUCUGCUAACAAUAACAACAACAAUAAUAAUGACAACAACAACAACAAUAACAACAGUGGCAAUAGUAGCAGUGAUAAUAGCUUUGCUAACAGUCAUGAACCUCAACAAGUGGAUGAUGAUGAAUGGGAAGAACUAUUGCAAUUACAAAAAGAUCGAUUGGAUAGACUCAAAAAGAUCAUGGUGUUGGGAAUGGAUGUUGAUACUGUGAAUGCCGAAGGUGGAAAAGUAUCAAAGGAUGAUCUGUUAUUUUAGACUGGUAUAGAUAUCUUUUUUUUUUUUAAACCUCACAAUAAAAAUCACUUUUUAUUUCAAGCUUUAUAGAAUAGUGAUAGCCAAAUUGAAACGAUGUUUUUUUUUUUUGAUUCAAUGAAAGUAUGGUAUGGUGACUAUAAGGAAGACAUA